CAGAAGCUUCUGUGAGUGGCCCACAGAUAGGCAGAGCAGGGAUCUCGUCUGUGCAAGUUGUUGCGUCUCCACUCUGGCCAUGUGUUCGUUCACAAACCCGCCGUGAAACUGUUUGACCGUAGAGUUCUGAGUGACUGCUUGAACCGGUGCGAAAGUGAAAAUGGAGCCCUUUUGUGACCAGUUCAUGGAGUUCCAUCCCAUCCAUGGCACCAACGUCAGACUGGACCUCUCAGGAACCAAGGCCACUCGGGUGGAGAGCUUUGCAAAUGGAGUGUGCUUCAGCAAACAGCCUCUGAAGCCGGGGGAGAUUUUCCUCAUAGAGAUCGAGGAUAAGGAGCUGGGCUGGUGCGGCCACCUGCGGGUCGGCCUGACUGCCAAGGACCCCAGGGGCUUAGAGGUGGUGCCUGAAUACUCCAUCCCAGACCUAAUGGACUUAGGAGACAGCUGGGUGUUUGCCAUCACUCGCAACCACAACAAGGUCAUAGAGGAUGUCGUAGCAGAGGCUCCAGAGGCUGGAGACGGAGGACUAGCUGGGGGCCACAGGCUCGGGCGAGGGGAGGCUGAAGAUGCUGCUGGAGGUGGAGGCGGUGAUGCAGGGGGCGACAACAAUAAACCAAAGACUUUCUUCACUGAUUCUCACUUGUACAUCGAGAACGUUCGGAUCCCCAGAGACAAGCUGGUCGGUCGCAGCAGGCCCGGACGCUACAGCCACAUUUUGGACGACUUGUAUAAGACCAACGCCCUGCCUCCCACGGCCAGGCGCAGCCGGAUAGGAGUGAUGUACGUGCAGAAGGGGCGAGACCUGGCUGACAUGCACAUCAUCAUCAACGGUGAGGACAUGGGAGCUUCCGCAAAAGGAAUCCCGGCCGUCCAGCCUCUCUACGCUGUGGUGGAUGUUUUCGCUGCAACUAAGUGCGUCCAAAUCGUCCAGGUGGAGUAUGGAUUCUCAUCCUUGCAGACGUUGUGUAGGAAGGCCAUCCAGAAGCACAUUGUCCACAGGAUGGCCAUUGACUGGCUGGAGCUGCCAGAGGCGCUUAAGCAUUAUUGCAAGUAUGAAUGAAGAACACAGACCUGCAAUGGACAGAUAAAUAUCAUAUGAGCUCCCUCCUGGCUUCUACCAAGAAAAGGAUAUUAAUUUUCAUGACAAAACUCUGUUUUAUUUAUAACACAAAAAGCAAACAGGGCUAUGCGCUUAAUAAAUGUCUAGCACAGAUAACACAGGCAUUCAUCUGAGAUGACAACUACUGAAAUAAAUUCAUAUUAUUGGUUCAGUGUCUGUCU